AGAUUUGUGUAACCACCACAGUCACUAUACCAAAACUGUGGUGGGGGAGGAGCCAGAAGGGCCGCCUCCUUCUUCCUGACUAUAAAUGGGAGCAGAACGUUUCCUCUCUUCUCUCUCUUUGAGUCUCUCUGUCUGGAGAAUGAGGUCCUUGAAGCACCUGAAACAUCACAACAGGAAGAAUGUGGAGGAAGCCAGCAGGCACCUGGUUAGAUGUGAGCCCAGGGCUAUGGCCAGACAGGUUGAUUCUGGCACUCAGACUGAUCCUGUGGUGGUUCUGUCUCUAGCCCAGGCUGCUGUGCUGGGGCUCAUCUCUCAGAAUGAGGUGUUUGGUGCUACCAUCGCUCCUAAUGGCUUCUACACAGGAGAACCUAAAGAGUCCCCUGCCCUGCCUGUAGAGGGGGUGGACUACGAAUACGCUGAUCAGCUGAUAGGAGCUAACGGAGAUUACCUGGGAGACAACCUGCCUGAAGACGGACACAUGCAGCCCAGCUGUAGCCAGAGGAGGUGGCACGGACCACCCCCCGAGGGGAAGAUGGUAGGGCCCGAGCGCCAUGCUGGAGUGCCUGUGGACGGGUCAUCCCAAGUGAAAGGGGAGGGGGUUAUCUCUGGCCUGACGUCCUGUGUCCACAUGCUGAACAACCUAGCUACUACUAGAGGGGGAUUGGUCCAGGUUGACCCCGCCUCUCUCCGUGCCGCUGCCCAAAAAGGCUGUGCCGAGUGUGACAGAGACAUGUCCAGCCAGCAGGCUAACGCACACUCCCAGGCCGGCCACAGCCAUAAAGGGGAGCCGGGGCAUCGAGGCCUACAGGGGCAGAGGGGGCUGGGGCAUCAGGCGAGAGGGAGGGGGCAGGAGGAGGAGGAGGGAGAGGUGGAGCAGAGAAACAGCAUGAUGAAAGGAGGACAGGAGGAGACUAUCAGCAGCUACUUCCAGUCCAGCGAGGUGGGGGGGUAUGAGGGGGGGGAGAUCUACCAUGAGAACAGCCAGGGUAUGAUGUGGGGCGACCAGCUGGAGCAGGGGGUGGGGGGAGGAGGAGGAAGAGGAGGGACCCAUCGUCACCAUGGCCGGAGGGUUGACCGUCUAGACAUCAACAUCCAGAUAGAUGAGUCGUACUGCGUGGACGUGGGGGAGGGGCUGAAGAGAUGGAAGUGUCGUAUGUGUGACAAGUCUUACACCUCCAAGUACAACCUGGUAACUCACAUCCUGGGUCACCAGGGUAUCAAGCCCCACGCCUGCCCCCACUGUGGGAAGCUGUUUAAACAGCCCAGCCACCUGCAGACCCACCUGCUCACCCACCAGGGAACAAGGCCUCAUAAAUGCAGCGUGUGUAAGAAGGGUUUCACCCAGACCUCUCACCUGAAGAGACACAUGCUGCAGCACACCGACGUCAAACCUUACAGCUGCCGCUUCUGUCGCCGUGGCUUCGCCUACCCCAGCGAGCUCCGCGCCCACGAGACCAAACACGAGCGCGGGCGCUGCCACGUGUGUUCCCAGUGUGGCAUGGAGUUCCCCACCUACGCCCAUCUGAAGCGCCACCAGACCAGCCACCAGGGAGCCACUACCUACCAGUGUACAGAGUGCAACAAGUCCUUCACCUACCGCAGCCAGCUGCAGAACCAUCUACUGAAACACCAGAGUCCUCGGCCGUACUCCUGCUCCCACUGCGGACUGGAGUUUGUCCAGCUACACCACCUCCGCCAGCACACCCUCACACACAAGGGAAUGAAGGGUCAUAAGUGUGAGGUGUGUUCCCGUGAGUUCACCUUGUCAGCCAACCUGAAGAGACACAUGUUGAUCCACAACAGCAUCAGACCCUUCCAGUGUCACAUCUGCUUCAAGAGCUUCAUCCAGAAACAGACGCUCAAAACGCACAUGAUCGUCCACCUGCCCGUCAAACCCUUCAAAUGCAAGGUGUGCGGGAAGUCGUUCAAUAGAAUGUACAAUCUGCUGGGUCACAUGCACCUCCACGCCGGAUCCAAACCCUUCAAGUGUCCUUACUGCUCCUCUAAGUUUAACCUGAAGGGGAACCUCAGCCGACACAUGAAGGUCAAACACGGCAUGGACAUCUCACCUGAUGGACCAGAUGCUCUUCCUGAGAUGGAGGACCAGGGCCACUAUGAGGAGGACAACUUUGACUUCGGGGCCUCUGGGGCCAACAACAACAUGGAUAAUGGAGGCUCCCAGAACCUCACCAAGCUCACCACGGCAAACAUGGAGGACAUGGACAACUAUUACAGCUUUGGGAAGGAUGCAGCUAACUACAACACGCCUUGAGCAGUUGUAUAGGAGUGUUAAUGUUAAUGGACUACAGACCAUUAGAGACCAUGGGUUAAUGGUGGACUAACUACAGACCAUGGGUUAAUGGUGGACUAACUACAGCCCAUGGGUUAAUGGAGAAGAGACCAUGGGUUAAUGGUGGACUAACUACAGACCAUGGGUUAAUGGAGAAGAGACCAUGGGUUAAUGGUGGACUAACUACAGACCAUGGGUUAAUGGUGGACUAACUACAGCCCAUGGGUUAAUGGAGAAGAGACCAUGGGUUAAUGGUGGACUAACUACAGACCAUGGGUUAAUGGUGGACUAACUACAGACCAUGGGUUAAUGGAGAGGAAAACAAUGUUUCCACCCUUAGCUCUUCAUCAGGCAUCCAGGACCUAAGGGUGGAAACGUUGUUAUAAAUAAAUAUCACCUGGGAGCAUGAGCAGCAGUGUGCAGCGUUUUCCAUCACUUCUACAACUCCAGCACCUGACGAGAGCACCUGGAUGUGCCUCUGUUCUUCAGCUUCUGUUAAUGGAGAGGAGACUAUGGGUGGGGAACAGACAACAUGGCUGCCAUGCUGUGGCAAUGAGAGAGUCUGGGUUAGGGUGUGCUGUGGCAGUGAGAGAGACUGGGUUAGG